GUCACGCGCGAGCUGUUAUUCGAAUGCUUGUCGGGACACGUGCUGAGUUCGUCUAUAAGUUCAGAAACAGUUAGAAAUCUUACAUUCAAUCUUCACUCGCUGAAGCAGGCAUCACCCUUCAAUUUUUUGUAGUUGCGACAGAGAACUGAAAAUGACCACCAUUAUUAGUUUCAUGCAUGACCAUGAACCAAUGGACUUCCAAGGCAUAGAUCUCAUGGAAGAAGAUCUUGCUACAUCAAGCUCCAAUGAUGUGGACUCCAAAUUUGACAAUACAAUAGGACAUAUAGAAGAUAUUAUCAUGGAAGAAGAAUUUCAGUCACAGCAAAGAAACUUCCUAGAAAAAUACUACACUGAAUUUGAAGAUACUGAGGAAAACAAGUUUGUUUAUACAGACAUUCAUACAGAAUAUGUUAAUUUGGUAGAAAAGUAUUUAUCUGAUGAGUUGUCAAAAAGAAUUCCAGGCUUUUCUAUGCAGGACUUCUCAAAACAGCUCAUAGAAAGGAAGGACGAGUUGGAAGGAGAAAUAUUUGAAAUACUGUUGACUUUUAGUGACUUUUUAGCCUUCAAGGAAAUGUUCUUGGAUUACAGAGCAGACAAGGAGGGCAGGACGGUUGAUCUUAGUGAUGGACUUACUGUGAAAUCUGUGCAGGGGGACAUGUGCCUUGACGGAGCCUCCUUCUCAUUAUGUGGACAUUCCAUGCAGAAACCCCAAUAGCACCCAGCAACCUCAAACUACUUGUGUUGUCAAUUAUACCGUCCAUAUUUUAGCAACUACUUGCACAGCAGCUGUCAUACGCUGCCUCACUACUGUGCGGAGAUGAUGCCUGCAUGUCUAGCUGUCUGCAGCAGGGUCAGGAUACUGCAGUAUUUGCACUGUCUGUCACAGAUGGACAGACAGCUGACCAUAACAACAUGAUAAAAGUCCCAAAAUUCAUCUUAUACCACCUAAUACCGGUAACCUGUUUUGUGUAAGCAAUGCUUUGAAAUGUAUUUACUUUUUAAUCAGAUAUAUUUAAAUAUGAAACUCCUCAUUUAUAUAAUAUACUCUAGAUUUAAGAAACAAUAUAUGUUAGAAAGAGUACAUGCUCUGUAUCCUGUUUUGGUUCUAUUACUGUAGACUAUGACAUAACAUAUCAUCUCAUUCUGUAACACAUGAAUAGGGUAUUGUAUGCAAUCAAAAUGUGUAUCUAAAUGUGUGAACAAAUAUAUUUACUGCAUUGAGUUUAUGUUUUACUAUUCUGUGACAGAGUUAAGGAAUGUUGUUUCCUGAACUAAACUGUAUUGUAGUUUCAUGGGGUGAAACAUCUCAACCCAAGUCUAGUUGUCCUGUGUUUGUAAUUUGUGAACUGAACCUAUGAUCUCUACAUCGUUACGACGUAGGGACUGUCUCAACUAUGAGUGGUUGUGUGACAUUGUCGGGAAUGCUGGCCAGGUCAUGCCAUUACCUUACAUAACAGGAUUAGCAAUGUCACAAUACUUCUUGAAUCUGCUGCACAGCACAAUAGAUUUGUGUUUAAUUUUUACAUGAGCCCUGAUCUUCUGUGAAAGUGUACAAAAGUAUGAAAUCUCUUAUCAACUGUGUGAUAUUUCCGUCCAACAAUUUAUAAAAGGUUACCUCUGUACCGAAUGUUUUUGACAUACCAAAUGUUUUUGACAAUGUGCAGCACUUUUGAAUGUUUUGGACUGACUGUCACAUGCCAUAGAUCACUGAAUUAGAGACAACUGUUCACAUACAUUUAUAUGAAGGAGUUGACAGUUACGGGACGUAAAAAAAUAUUUCACAAGAUUUUAAACAAGAUGUGUUGUUUAUGUCCUGAGCAUGAAAAAAGCCAGCAUAUAUCGUAGUUUUGCCAUUCAAAGCUGCUUGUUUUUAUUUAUUAAAGAUCGCUGAUCAGUGCUGUAAUUUAUGUAUGACAACCUCAGCUUGUGCCCAAGCACUGAUGGCAUGAGCAUCACCGGUUUACAAAGAGGAGAAAUAAAGUUACAAUGUACAAA